CCUAAUGCUAAUAACACUGGUUUAGAAGUAGUGAGCCCACUCUUUGUUCUCCCACAUCUUGUCGUGUUGGAUCUGUUCUGUUGCUUGGGACGAGCGUAGGCCCUGCUCGAUCUCGAUCGAUACAGGCACAGUAUCAACAGAAAGCGGACAUGGUCACUAUACAACGUCUUAUUACCGCCGCCUUGGUUGCCUGUCGUACAGCUACCGGCAUCCCCACGAUUGAAAUCAAAGGUUCCAAAUUCUUUACUAGCGAGGGUAAUCAAUUUUAUGUAAAAGGCAUUACAUAUGAAUUCGCCAGCUCUUUAUCGUCGAGUUACCUCACAAAUGGCCAACAGUGCAAGAUCGACGCAAAGCUAAUAGGUGCAACCGGAGCCAAUGUUGUCCGCGUAUAUUCCAUUGACCCUACCUUGAAUCUUGAUGAGUGUAUGCAAGCAUUCGCAGAUGAGGGAAUCUACGUCAUAUGCGAUAUGUCAACACCUACCUUCUUUAUCAAUAGAGAGAAACCCAUAUGGACACUCAACCUACGCAACCAGUUCGCCAAAGUCCUCGAUGGUCUACACAAAUACGACAAUUUACUUGCUCUCUUUGCAGGCAAUGAAGUAAUCAAUGACGUCAAUACGACCAUUGCUGCACCAGCUAUCAAAGCAGUCAUUGCCGAUAUGAAAGGUUAUAGAGACCUGAUGCAGUACCGAAAGAUUCCAAUAGGCUACUCUUCUACUGAUGAGACGACAACGAAUUUGCUACAAAAUUACCUCGACUGUGGUAACGAAGACAUCGCCGCUGAUUUCUUUGCUCUAGACAACUAUGGGUGGUGUGGCGAAAGCUCUAUGGCGAAAUCCGGUUACGACGCCCUAUACGCACGCGCGAAUGGAUACGAUAUUCCGAUUUUCCUAUCCGAAACAGGUUGCAACCAUGUCAAAAAUCGAAGUUUCAAUGACCAAGUUGCGCUUCUUGGGAGAGACAUGAACGAUCGAUACUCGGGAAGCAUCAUCUACGAAUGGACCAUGGGGGUAAACAAAUAUGGUCUGGUUGAAUAUUCAAAUGAUCAGGCUACAGGGACACCAAAACUGCUCGCCGAUUACACAGCAUUGCAAUCACGUUGGUCCACUUUGAAUCCGGUAGGCGUCAAAGCGACCGCAUAUGACCCAACCUUAACGAAGCGAGAUUGUCCCCAGUCUACAUCAGGCGUAUGGUUGGUCGAGGCAAAGGCUGGAACUGAAAUUCCCACGCUGGGACUUUCCGGAUUCACGGCACCGACAGGACGACAGGCUUCAGCUACAGGGAGAAUUCCCACAUCGAGUAUCAUUGUGGGUAGUGGAAGCUCCAGUGAUUCUAAUAAGCUGGAAAGUGGACGCUCCGGUGGCUCUACUAAGCUAGGAGGUGGUGCAAUUGCGGGAAUCGUGAUGGGGGCCAUAUUCCUCUUCCUUGUAAUGUGUGGAAUUUUACUUUUCCUGUGGCGCAAGAAUAGGCCGAAGAAAGAAGUUACAGUCAACCCAGGCGACGACGCGCCCCUCAAGGGAGAGCUAGACGCAACAAGUAGAGACAUGACGCACCAGCCAAUCUACCAGGAAUUGUCUGGAGCAAAGUAUACACAAGAGUUAGGGCCCUCGCACGCACAGUAUGAACUCAGGACAGACGAGCGACCAGGCGAGCUACCAGAUCAGCGAGAUGAGCACCAGCACCUUGAUGAUACUGGGCAUUAUGCACCAGAGUUCACUGACCAGGAGCCAGCGGCUGAGCCUUCGCCACAUGUUCAGGCGCAGAGGAGACGUGAGAUGGAAUGGUUAGAGAUGGAGGAGAUGAGAAUGCGGCAGCGAAGAGAGCAGUUGAUGAAACAAGGGGGUGCGGGUUGAGGGUCAUGCAGGAUAUAUACGCGCCGUUACACCUCAGCAUGAAGAGCGAGCGUGCAUUGUAGGUUCCUACCCUAGUAGACACAGCUGUGGCCCGAUCUGGGCUGCACUCUAGCUGCACUAGUCAUCGACACCGGAGCUAUGUCAAGAGCAAGUCUAACGACGGACAAGACGUAAGUCUUUUCCACAAAAGACACAACUUUGCUCAACGGAUUGUUAUAUUAGCAUUGGUAUGCGAACAUCCACCAUGAUGGCAAAUAACAGAUUAUUCCACCUGAAACCAAGUCGAGUUACGAUAGUUGGGAUGCCUGGCUCAGGCGCUUCAAGUGUGUAAAAGGGUAGUACAAAGUGCU